GUUUUAAUUUAUGGGUAAAAAAAUUAAAAAGGGAAAGGAAGGACCAGUCAAAGAAUAUUCAUCAAGAACCAAAGCUCUCAAAAAACUAUAAGUCAAUCUCAAAGAUUUCAGAAGACUUUGCAUCUUAAAAGGAAUUUACCCAAGAGAACCACCUUAAAAAUUAAGAAAAUAACAUAAAACCUAUUACCAUAAUAAGGAUAUUGCUUUCCUUAAAAAUGAGUCUAUACUUGAUACAUUCAGAUAGAGAUAGGCUCAUUUAAAAAAAAUAAGAAAAGCAUUAACAAGAGGUGACAAAUUGAAGGCUGGUAGAUUACGAAGAAAUUAACCAAAAGAUAAAUUAGAUCAUUUGGUUAAAGAAAGGUAUCCAACAUUUAUUGAUGCAUUAAAUGAUCUUGAUGAUCCAUUAUGCUUAAUAAGUUUAUUUGCUUCAUUUCCAACACAUAAAGAACUUCAUAUUCCUAAUACAUUAAUAAGAAAUUGCUAAAAAAUGAUCAAUUAAUUUUUAUUAUAUAUAGCAGCUAAUAACUGUUUGAGAAAAGUAAGAUUAAACUAUUUAUAUUAUAGGUUUUCCUAUCUAUUAAGGGUAUUUAUUAUCAAGCUGUAGUUUAAGGAGCAACUAUUACUUGGAUUAUGCCAUAUCCUAUUUAAGCUUCUUUACCAUUAGAUGUAGAUUAUAAAAUAAUGAUGACAUUCCUUGAAUUUUAUUAAGUUUUAAUGAAAUUUGUCAAUUUUAAAUUACUUGGUUAAGAAAUUGAAAUUACUGAUUUAAGUGAAGAAGUUAAGAAAUUAAAAUCAAUAUAAUAAAAUAAUUAGUAUUGUUAAUUUGUUAAUAUUAGAAUGGAAAUUGAUGAAGCCUUUAAAGAAGAUCCAACAAUUUAAUAGAUGGAUUAAUAAUAAUAAGAGAUAAAAAAAUAUUCAGAAUUAUUCAAAGGAUUAACAUUUUUCCUGUAUCCAGAAGUACCUAAAGCAUCUUUAGAAUUUGUAAUAUUGAGUUUUGGAGGAGAAGUUAUGUGGGAAAAUGAUAAUAAAAAUUCAUAAUUAACUGAUCCAAAAAUAACACAUGUGAUAACUGAAAGAUAAAUUUAAAAGAAUAAAAAGAGAGAAUAUAUAUAACCAUAAUGGGUUUAUGAUUCAAUAAACUAAUUAAAAUUAUUGAGUGUAGCUGAUUAUGCUCCAGAAUCAGUAAUAUUUAUAUUAAUUAUUUUAGACUCUCCCUCCUCAUUUAAGUCCAUUUGAAUAAUUAAAUUUAGAGGAAGUUCAAUCAGAAAGUGAAGAAGAAGAAGAUGGAUAAUAGAAAGAACAUAAACCUUAUUAGAAUAAUAAAAAAUAAAAGGAAAAAUAGGCUAAAUAAUAAGAAAAAGAGACUAAGAAAUUAGCUGAAACUAUGUUGAGUAGAAAAAAUAAGAGAUUAUAUGAUAUGAUUAAAAGAAAAGAAGAUGAGGAGUAAUAAAAGAAAAAUAAAUUAUAAGAAAAGAAAAAAAUGAUACAAAGUAAAUAAUAAUGA